GAUAUCAAUCUUCUUUUCAUUAACAUACUCACAUUUACUCUAUUACUCUUCUCUUUCCUUUUGCCUAUUAUAUAAAUCCACAAAACCCCAAACAGUUACUCUUGCAAAGUGCCAAACUCAGGCUUCACACUCUUCAUUCUUUCCCCCUUAGCUAGCAAAAACCAUGAAUUUUUUCUCUUCUUCCCCAUUAUUUCAUUUCUUGCUAUUCUUGACAAUAUGCAUUUCUUGUGUAAAUUUAGUGUACACAACUCCAGUCAAGAUUGGCAAAGGCUAUAGAUUAAUAGCCAUUGAAGAAUCACCAGAUGGUGGACUCAUUGGUCACCUCAAAGUCAAGAAAAAGAACAAUAUUUAUGGCCCUGAUAUUCCUCAUCUGCAGCUCUAUGUCAAGCAUGAGACAGAUAAUCGAUUGAGGAUUCAAAUAACAGAUGCAGAGAAGGAAAGAUGGGAAGUUCCAUACAAUUUAUUACCAAGGGAAAAGGCCCCAUUAUUGAAACAAACAAUUGGUGUUUCAAGAAAGAAUAAUCCAUUUCCAUUAGGAGCCUCAGAAUAUUCAGGGAAUGAGUUAAUUUUCAGCUUUACCACUGACCCUUUUGGUUUUUCUGUGAAAAGAAAAUCAAAUGGAGAAACCCUUUUCAAUUCAAGUUCAGAUGAUUCAGACCCAUAUAAUAAUUUGGUAUUUAAAGACCAAUAUCUUGAAAUAUCAACAAAAUUACCCAAAGAUGCUUCUUUAUAUGGUUUAGGUGAAAAUACACAACCCCAUGGUAUUAAAAUUUACCCAAAUGACCCUUACACUUUAUACACAACUGACCAAUCAGCAAUUAAUUUGAACAUGGAUUUGUAUGGUUCACAUCCAAUGUAUAUGGAUUUGAGGAAUUUGAAUGGUGAAGGUUAUGCACAUGCAGUUUUAUUGCUAAAUAGCAAUGGAAUGGAUGUGUUUUACAGAGGGAAUUCAUUGACAUAUAAAGUGAUAGGGGGUAUUUUGGACUUUUACUUCUUUGCUGGUCCCACACCUCUUGCUGUUGUUGAUCAAUAUACUGAAUUUAUAGGCAGGCCUGCUCCUAUGCCCUAUUGGUCUCUUGGUUUCCAUCAAUGCAGGUGGGGAUACCACAAUUUAUCUGUAAUUGAAGAUGUUAUUGCCAAUUACAAGAAAGCAAAGAUUCCUCUUGAUGUGAUUUGGAAUGAUGAUGAUCACAUGGAUGGGAAGAAGGAUUUCACUCUCAACCCUGUCAACUACCCUGGCCCAAAGUUAAGGGCAUUCUUGGAAAAAAUCCACGCCGAAGGCAUGCAUUAUAUUGUGAUUAAUGAUCCUGGAAUUGGAGUUAACAAAAGUUAUGGUGUUUAUCAAAGAGGUAUUGCCAAUGAUGUUUUCAUCAAAUAUCAAGGCAAGCCAUUUUUAGCACAAGUCUGGCCUGGUGCCGUUCAUUUCCCUGACUUCCUCAACCCUAAAACGGUUGAGUGGUGGGGUGAUGAAAUUCGACGAUUCCAUGAACUUGCUCCUAUUGAUGGCCUUUGGAUUGAUAUGAAUGAAGUUUCCAACUUCUGCACUGGUUUGUGCACUAUCCCGGAGGGAAGGAUAUGUCCUAAUGGCACAGGUCCGGGUUGGAUUUGUUGCCUAGAUUGCAAGAAUGUAACGAGCACAAAGUGGGAUGAUCCGCCUUAUAAGAUAAACGCUUCUGGAAUUCAAGCUCCAAUAGGUUACAAAACUAUUGCCACUAGCGCAACACAUUACAAUGGAGUUAGGGAAUAUGAUGCUCAUAGUCUUUAUGGUUUCUCUGAGACUAUUGCAACUCACAAGGGUCUUCAAGCGUUAGAGGGCAAACGUCCGUUCAUAUUGUCUCGUGCUACGUUUGUUGGCUCGGGCCAUUAUGCUGCACAUUGGACAGGGGAUAACAAAGGAACUUGGGAAGAUUUGAGGUAUUCAAUCUCUACAGUCUUGAAUUUUGGUAUAUUUGGUGUUCCAAUGGUUGGUUCGGACAUAUGUGGAUUUUAUCCGGCGCCUACUGAGGAGCUAUGCAACCGUUGGAUUGAAGUUGGCGCGUUCUAUCCCUUCUCAAGGGAUCACGCGAAUUACUACUCGCCAAGACAGGAACUUUACCAAUGGAAAAGUGUGGCUGAAUCUGCUCGUAACGCUUUAGGAAUGAGAUAUAAAUUGCUACCAUAUUUCUACACCUUGAACUAUGAGGCACACACUACUGGUGCACCAAUUGCUCGGCCACUGUUCUUCUCUUUCCCGAACAUCCCAAAGCUUUACGAGUUGAGUACUCAAUUCUUGAUUGGAAGCAGUGUCAUGGUUUCUCCGGUGCUAGAACAAGGUAAAACUGAGGUGAAAGCGCUGUUUCCUCCGGGCACUUGGUAUAGUUUAUUCGAUAUGACACAGGCCGUUGUGACAAAAGAACCACACUACCUCACACUUGAUGCACCAUUGCAUGCAGUCAACGUGCAUUUGUACCAAAACGCCAUAAUACCAAUGCAGCGCGGUGGGAUGUUAACAAAAGAAGCAAGAAUGACACCUUUUACUAUCGUCGUAGCCUUCCCAUUAGGAGCAUCCGAAGGGGAAGCUAAGGGAAAGCUUUUCCUCGACGAGGAUGAGCUUCCAGAGAUGAAGCUAGGAAAUGGACAGUCAACAUAUAUCGACUUCUAUGCAAAAACCAGCAAUGGAACAGUGAAGAUUUGGUCUGAAGUUCAAGAGAGCAAAUACGCGAUGGAUAAAGGUUGGUCUAUUGAGAAGGUUACAGUGUUAGGUUUGGACCGAAUUGGAGGUGCAUUUGAAAUUCUAGUGGAUGGAACUCAAGUUACAGAUACUUCGAACGUGCAGUUUACUACUGAAGAACACAAGUAUAUUGACAAACUCGAGGAGGGAGGCGAUAAGAGGAAGAGUAUGAUGCUAGAUAUACAAGGACUAGAAUUACCAGUUGGGAAAAACUUUGUUAUGUCCUGGAAAAUGGGGAUUUCACCUUGAGAAUAACUUUAGUUUCUAUAUAUUUGUGUGGAUAUAUUGCCUAUGUUAUAUUUAUUUAAGUAGUGAUAUGGUUCUUGAAUGAAAAGGAGAUUGAGUUUAAAAUGAGCUCUUCCUUUUUCAUACAAAUAGGCAAACAGAUUCAAGUGUAUUAUUAAUUUAUGUUUCUGUAAUAGUUACUUCUUUCUGUUGUUGACAGAUCCAAUCAAAGUGUUUUAGCAA